UCCGGUGGUUUUGAUGGAACGGAGGUUGUCAUUUUCCGUGAGGGGGAUGAGAGGUUUUUAAUUUAAUUUUUUUUUUUUUGUGCUGAAUUUAAAUUCACAUCCAUCUUCUGAACAAGUUCCGAUCUUGAGAAUCUGGAAAUUGAUGACAAUUCUCGGGAAAAUGGAAUUUGGACAAAUUUGACUCGGUUUAAGAGGAGCCAGAUUUACUGAUUUGUGAUAUGUCAUAGGAUUGGGUGGGGUUGCUACAAAAACUGGAACUGUGCUCUGUUCGUUUGCCUUCCAUUGAAAACAUGUCUUGAAACAAUCAUUCAUUCUGAAUUUACAAAUGGGUUUUCCCCCCCCUCUUGUGGAGUAAAUGAUGCUAUCUUAUAUGUUACAAGAAACACUGAUAGUAUACUCGAACUGGGAUGAUGAUUCUUUGUGUUUGAGGAGUUCUUAUUGGCAUGUGUACCUGAGAUAUGGUGUUGAAGAAGAAGCAAGAUUACGGAUUCAAUGGAUUCCAUGUCUCCACUAUACCUAGAGCCCCCAGAUCAAUUAGGAGGAGGGGCUCAAUUAAGAAGCCAGUUGAGGACAGCCAAAUCUGUGCAAUUGAUUUGCUAGCCACUUUAGCUGGCAAGUUAUUGCAGGAGAGUGAAAGUUCUUCUGCUUCUAGCAAUGUGGCAGCUGGAAAAGAUCGGCUUAACAUCAGUAAAGAUGGAAUUAAACAGGAAUUACAAGAUGAUGAUAAACCAUUGAAAGGAGAGUGCCUUGAUCAGGGAAGCUGUGAAGGGAUUGUCUUUGUCUCUAAGCUUGCCUCUCAAGACCUCAGUCCAAAGUAUACUGUGAAGCAAUUUCCACAUGCUGUGCAUGAUGCUGUUUUGGAUUGCACCUCAACAGUUGCAAGUCCUGAUUACUUAGACAAAGUUGGUUGUGAUGUGAUGGUAACUUGCAAAAGCAAGAAUAUAUUUGGAAAAGUUCCUUGUAAAGUUGAGAGAGGCUCCCCUGAUUGUGGGGAAACUUGUGGUGAUUUAGAGAACGGAGCAGAAAUAAGACAAGACGCUGAAGGGGAGGAGAGUGGAGGUUUGACCAUGGCCAAUAGAUGCAGUUCAAAAGAUUCAGUUGAACUUUGUAUGAAAAAUCCUGCACAAAUCAAUUCAGACAGUAAUGUCAAGUUGUCCUUGAACAGGGACUCCAUUCCUAAUGCUUCUUUUCCGAAGCAUAGGAAUGAUGUAAAGAUAGGUAUUAUAGAUGAUGACGAAAACUCUUAUAGGUGCAAUCAACAUGGCACCAAAAUAAAGGCCUUUAGGUCAUCUCCGUGUAUCGGAGACCAAAGAAUAAGGAAAUUACUUACAUCUAGAUACUGGAAAGUAGCUCCAAAAUUGAAGGAUUGUGAACUAUCAAACACUGAUGGGGGAAUAAAGCCUGUUUUCCGCAAAAGGAAAUUUUGUGGCACCCGAAAAAGAUAUCAGCGUGAAACUACUUUUAAGAGGAGGAAAUUGUUUGAACGCCACAUGGUAGUGGCGUCUGAUGGAGGGAUCAGCAGUGAAAGUGUUACCAAUUCGCCUGAAAAGAACAUGAACACAGAGAUGGGUGGCUCUGCUGCAAUGUUGCAUGGAGUAAGUGGGUUAUCAUCUUCAGUUAUAAGUCAUCAAGCAUCAUUCAAUUCAGGGGAUUCUCAUGUGAAGUUUAGCAUUAAGUCCUUCAGGGUACCGGAGCUUUUUAUUGAGGUUCCUGAAACUGAAACUAUUGGUGCAUUGAAGAGGACAGUUAUGGAGGCAGUGAAUUCUAUAUUUGGAGGUGGAUUACAUGUGGGGAUGUUUCUUCAAGGGAAGAAGGUUAGAGAUGACUACAAAACUCUACGGCAGACUGGUAUAUCUCACAAUGACAAUCUGGACACCUUGGGAUUUGCAUUGGAGCCAAGUCCUAUCCACCCAUCUCCACCUUUGCAUACUGAAGAUCCACCUUUCUUGUUACCAUCUGACACAUCUCAGCUUUUAACCAGGUCCCCAGAUCCUCCCACUUUUGAUUCAGGGUUUUCUGAUGCCACACCUGAUCCUUCUCCACUGACCAAUUUGGGCAAUCAAGUUGAAAAAAUUCAUGAUUCAGUUCCCUCUCCUACUGACAUACUGACAGACAAAACAAUGCCGGAUUCCAGAGCACUGGUUGCUGUUCCUGCAAUGAGCUUGGAGGCACUAGCUGUGGUUCCAAUGAACAUGAAAACUAAUCGAGCUGACCUUGUACAGCGUCGUACUAGGAGACCUUUCUCUGUAUCAGAAGUUGAAGCACUGGUUCAUGCAGUUGAGGAACUUGGAACUGGAAGGUGGCGUGAUGUUAAACUGCGUGCUUUUGAUAAUGCAAAACAUCGAACUUAUGUAGAUUUGAAGGAUAAAUGGAAAACACUGGUUCACACGGCAAGAAUCUCCCCUCAGCAAAGAAGGGGAGAACCCGUGCCCCAGGAGGUCUUGGACAGAGUCCUGUCUGCCCAUGCUUACUGGUCUGAACAUCAAGCUAAGCAACAUGGUAAACAUCAGGUUGGAACUCUGAGGAUCACAGGUCCUCUGGCUGAAAGAGAUGGAAUUGGACAAGAUAUCUAAUUGUUAUGAUGUACAAAAAAAACUGACAGGAAUAGAGAAGAAAACUGUAAAAAUGAAUGAAAUUGAUGUAACAUUCAGAGUCACCAUCAUUCAUUGCCGGGUUUUCCCUUGUGGAGAGGUUGGCCCCUUGUAAAUCAUUUGCUGAAAUAAAAACAUUCUAACGGAAUCUUUGGUUCUUUGGAUUCA